AUGAUGCCAGAAGGAGCAACCACACCGAUCGUCAAGGUCCCAAGAAAGCGGAGACGGCCUCAAAUAUCGUGUACCGAAUGUCGUCGACGGAAGCAGAAAUGCAAGGCGAGAACGAAUGGCCCGUGUGAAAAUUGCUUGCGACGAUAUCCUCCAGUGCAUUGCUAUGUGGAUGAGAACGCUCACCGUAGAGAGGAAAUUGAACAUCAACCUUCAAGCACUAUUGCUCUGCAACAAAGCUUUAGGUCAUCGGUAUCUAAUCCUUCUUCACUAGGUCUACCAGAGAUAGGCGGAAAUACCCAAAGAGAACAUGCGACGGCCUCCGAGGCGACACCUGCGGACCAUCCAGAGUCUCUCGCAUCCAAUUUAAAUGCCUCUGAUCUCAUCGUAUACUAUCCAAGAGUGGAUCAAGCCAUUUCUGGCUACAGCAGUGCACGAAGCACACCGUCCCCCUCAUCGCAGGCGAUAGGCGGGAUGAUUGCGGCAGUCAACAGCAGUUUGACCGAUGCCUCGAUCGAUCCAACUCUUCGUAAUGCUGAGCUGUUUCACCGUUUCCAUCAAAAAGUGAUUUCGAGUAUGACAUCCAUUGAUGGUAGCCACACACCGCAGAUAUUUCUGCAGGAGAUCCUGCCAUGGAUGUUGCAAUCUCAUAUCAUGCCCCACAUUGCCAUUCUGAUGGCUUCUGCAGAACAGUCGGCAGAUAGUGUUAAAGAUAUGAAGCGGAAAUCGGAGACGAUAGCGAUCAAAUCCAAGGUCCUGGGGCUGUUUAACGAGUUCCUCGACAACGACUUCUUACUCGUGGGCAAUGCUGCCAUCAGGGCUAUAUUUCCAUUAGUGACGACAGAGUUUCUAUGGGGAGACAUCAAUAACUUGUCGGCCCACAUGAGAGGAUUGAAGCAAAUGGUCAAAAUGAAAGGAGGACUCGACGCUCUUACAGACCCAGUUCUGCAGCACGCUCUUACUGUAACGGAUUAUCAAUUAGCUUGCUAUUUGGAGCAGAAUGUCUUUCUCCAGACACUUAAAGAGGGGACUUGCCGAAUUGUCAAUGUGUCUCCAUCUUACAGUCCAACGCUGUGCUCUCCCUUGGUAGAUCAUCCCAAGCGCUUUGCAGAUCUCGGGUCAAAGUUGGGCCUAGACGAUUUGUCCACCAAGAUUCUGGAUGAUGUUAGAUUCCUGACACUCUCGCUUCUCAAUGCUGAAAGUAGUGCGGAACAGCUUGUCAAAAUCCGAGCAACAGCUGAAUGGCUUUACACGCGCUUAAGUUCUUCGAUACUACCACCACUUACGCCACCAUCUCUGAUCUCAAACGCUCUUAGCCACAUGAUACACCUAACAGCAAAAGUGUUCACCAGCUCUAUCAAGAACAUGACGCCACUAUCCGACUCGUUUACCUCGUCAAUGCACGAAGAAUUUCACUCGUUUCUCGCCUUGAUUCCAAAAACGCUUUGGAAAGACCUACCAGGAAUAUGGUACUGGAUCUUGCUAGUAAUCUGCCCUUCCGGCGAGAAGAUGGGACAAAGAUCGCUUGUAGCAGCUGGCAGAGCUAAGUGGUUUAGAAGGAGGAUGGCUGUGGCUGGUACGGCAAUCGCGUUUGCAGACUUCGGUCUUGGAACGCUCAUGGUCCAAAGAUUUUGGCUCGUGCAACAAUGGAUUGAGAGUGGAAAGAAAAGCUUCCCUGGAAGUGCAGACUUCUGUAGGGAUUCGCCAAGUUCUUGGUGA